UCCCUUCGCUGGACGGCUGAAGCCAAAAGCUGAUGCCUCUUCCCAUCGUUCGUUCUCUUGCUAGCUAGCCCUGCUCCCUCCUCGCUCCUCUCCCGGAGAGCCUCCCGCCUUCCUCUCCAACGUGCCGACGCCGAGGCGCCAAAAAUAAACACGUACGCGCGUGGGCUUCUCCUCCGGUCCUCGUGGAGGCCUCGUGCCCUCGUGGCGAUCGAUCCAUGGAGGUUGCCGCGGCGGAAGAGCCGGCGCCCCCGGGCGAGUGGCUGGAGGAGCGCGGCGCGGUUUCCGUGUACCUCCCCAGACUGAUCGCCGGCAUCAUCUCCGGCACGCUCACUGGCCUCUUCGCUCUCGCAGCUGGGGCCUUGACUGGAGCCGUCACCGGCGCACUGGCGGGCAGAGCCUCCGACAGCGGUGCUCUCCGGGGAGCUGGGCUGGGAGCGAUCGCCGGGGCCGUCCUAUCCAUCGAGGUUCUCGAGGCGUCCCGCGCGUACUGGUGCUCGGACCGGCUCGGUACUUCCUCCAUGGCAGAUUUCAUAGAGCAGCUCCUUCAUGCCCGGUUUGUGCAAGAGCGGCUCAGAUCUUCAGCACAUACACCGUACCGUUGGCAGGUCGGCAUAUCAGACUUAGGUCAGGACGAUGUGUACGACAUCUUCGGAGAGAUUUCGUCCAGAGGGCUUUCCAGAGAGUUGCUGAAGAAAUUACCACAGUUUGUGGUAACUGAUCAGGCCCAGGGCACAUUUGGUGAAAACCUGCCUUGCACUAUCUGUCUACAGGAUAUGGUAGCUGGUGAGACAGCGAGGAGGUUGCCAAAUUGCUCCCAUGCUUUUCACCAGCCUUGCGUGGACAAAUGGCUGCUUAGCCACGGUUCAUGUCCUGUGUGUCGGCAGCAUGUCGAAGAUACUAAGAUGUAUAGGUAAGCAUAUUUACCAGUUCGAUGUCUUAGGUGGAAUAGUUGUGCACAGUGUUCGCUCUGAUACUAAAUAGGAAUAGAGAAGAGAGAAAGUAUACACAGACAGUGUUGUAAAUUAGAUUAAUCUGUCUAUUCUACACUGCAAGCAAAGAGGCUCUGUACGACUGUACAUCUGAUAUUUUCUCGCAAACUAAGAAAAAAUAUAAAGGGAAAUGAUUGCUCUGCUGACA